AUGUUAUUUUUCAACACUAGGUCUUCUGGUGACAUGUUGAAUCGUUUUUCAAAGGACAUCGGAGCUGUUGACGACAUGUUGCCAUACGUUAUAUUUGAUUGUUUGCAACUGGCAAUGUUACUUUUGGGAAUCAUAUUUAUUGUUUUAUUUGUUAAUAUUUACCUCAUGAUACCAACAUGUAUCAUGGUAGUAAUAUUCUAUAAGAUUAGAGUUUUCAAUUUACCUACGGCGAGAAGUAUCAAACGGUUAGAAGGAAUUACACGAAGUCCUGUAUUUGCACAUAUGAAAGAAACAUUACGAGGUUUAACAACAAUAAGGGCAUACAAAGUAGAACAAAUUUUAAUCAAUGAAUUUGACGAGCAUCAAGACUUACAUUCCUCGGCUUGGAAUAUGUAUAUUUGUGCGAAUCAAGCGUUCGGGCUCUGGUUGGAUCUAGUCAGUAUUACAUACAUAGGCAUUGUAAUAUUCAGCUUCUUUGCUGUGGAAAAUGAUCAUGGAGGAAAUAUUGGUCUAACUAUUACUCAAACGAUUAUGUUGACUUCAAUCAUCCAAUGGGGAGUAAGGCAAUUAUCCGUCUUGGAAAACCAAAUGACAUCUGUAGAAAGAAUACUUGAAUACACAGAUUUACCGCAGGAAGCUGAUUUUCAAUCUCCUUCUGAGAAAGCACCUCCCAACGAAUGGCCCUUUUCGGGAAAAAUCGAAUUUCGAAAUUUUAAUCUUCGCUAUAGCCUGGAUUCACCAUAUGUGUUAAAAAAUCUCAAUUUUCAAAUACAGCCAAUGGAAAAAAUCGGAAUCGUUGGCAGGACCGGUGCAGGUAAAUCGUCCAUUAUUGGGGCAUUGUUUAGAUUUGCUCUCAACGAAGGAUCUAUCAUUAUCGACGAUAUAGAGAUACAUAAGUUAGGAUUACACGACCUGAGAUCUAAGUUUUCCAUCAUCCCCCAAGAACCAGUUUUGUUUUCAGGAACAAUGCGAACGAAUUUAGAUCCAUUUGACGAAUACCCCGAUCUGGUACUUUGGAAUGCUUUAGAUGAAGUGGAACUUAAAACUGUCGUUGAAAGAUUGCCUGGUGGUUUAAAUUCAAAAAUGUCUGCUUUUGGUUCUAAUUUCAGUGUUGGUCAAAGGCAGUUAUUAUGCUUAGCUAGGGCUAUAGUUCGAAAUAAUAAAAUUAUAAUAUUGGAUGAAGCCACUGCCAAUGUCGAUCCACAAACCGAUGUGUUGAUUCAAAAUACAAUUAGAAAUAAAUUCAAAUUGUGCACAGUGUUAACGAUUGCUCACCGAUUGAAUACCAUUAUGGAUUCUGAACGAGUACUUGUUAUGGACGCUGGCACAGUAGUUGAAUUUGAUCAUCCGUAUAAUUUACUGAAAAACAAAGACGGAUUUUUAUACAAAAUGGUAGAACAAACUGGAAUAAUUACAUCUGAAUUAUUGCAUACCAUGGCUUCCGAGAGUUUUAACGUUCGGACGAAAUGA